UCGAGCAAGGGCUGGUGGCGCCCUCUCGCAGUGCCAUGUCGCAGUAGCUAUCCAAAGCAACUUCCAUGCUUUGACUCCUCACUAAAUGGCGGCGCUGUUAUCGAAUCCAGUGUGGUCUCGGUGGACGCGAGCGGUUUGGGUUUUAAGGGAGAACCCCGAGACGGCUCCCGUGAUGCUGUGGUUGCAAGGCGGUCCGGGCGCCUCUUCUCUGUUCGGGCUCUUCGUCGAGCACGGCCCGUACCUAGUGAGCAGGCGAGGCAGGCCCAAACGGCGUCGAGUCACCUGGGCCCGCCGGUUUUCGAUGCUCUACGUCGACAGCCCCGUGGGCACCGGCUUCAGUUUCACCGAACGGGACCAGGGCUACGCCCGAAGUCAGGAGGACGUUGCGCGAGACCUGUUCGAAGCCCUACAGCAGUUCUUUUUACUCUUCGUGGAGUACGCCGCGAACGACUUCUACAUCGCCGGCGAGUCCUACGCCGCGAUGUUGCAGGCUAUCAAGUACCGCAAUGGCCACCUGGAGAUCCUGGAUCAGCUGCAGCUGCCGCAUGUGUGCAGUUACCUCCCUGUCAAGGAUACAGAUGCUGGCUGGGAAGUCAUCCGGUCCAUGAAGGUGAGGGGUGCCCCAGCCAUUGCCAUCGUGGGUGCCCUCAGCCUGGCCAGUGAGCUGCACGAGGACAAGGCUCCGUGGACCUCCAAGCAGGAACUGUCCAGCCACGUGGCUGAACGGCUGGCCCACCUGGAGACGUCGCGCCCGACAGCCGUCAACCUGGCCAACAUGGCCAACGAGUUACGGGCACUCGCGGCUCGGCUCGAGAAGGACAAUUCCGUCUCCCUGCAGGACAUGAAGCACAGGUUGGCCAACGAAGCGGAGAAGAUGCUGGCGGAAGACCUGUCCGCCAACAAGGCCAUGGGACGCCACGGAGCAGAGCACCUGCUGGCUCACUGCAAGCCUCCCCGGGGAGCGACCGGCCUCGGGGUGCUCACCCACUGCAACACGGGAAGCCUGGCCACUGCCGGUCACGGCACUGCCCUGGGAGUCAUGCGCAGCCUGCACGAGAUGGGGCGCCUGGACCGAGGCUACUGCACGGAGACCCGUCCCUACAACCAGGGAUCGCGGCUGACCGCCUUUGAGCUGGUGCACGACGGCAUUCCGGCCACCCUGGUGUGCGACAGCAUGGUGGCCGCCCUCAUGGCCCGGGGAGAGGUCUCGGCCGUCGUGGUGGGCGCCGACCGCAUUGUGGCCAACGGAGACACAGCCAACAAAGUUGGCACCUACCAAGUGGCAAUCUGUGCCAAGCACCAUGGCAUUCCCUUCUACGUGGCCGCACCAACCACCACAGUGGACGCCCGCACAGCGUCGGGCAGGGAGAUCACCAUCGAAGAGCGGCCAGCCCACGAGAUGACCUCGAUCCAGGGAAUUCACCUGGCACCUAAAGGCAUCACGUGCUGGAACCCUGCUUUCGACGUGACCCCCGCCGAGCUUAUCACAGGAGGCAUCAUCACGGAGAAAGGAGUGUUUCCUGCCAACCGCAUCUUGGACAGCCUGUCUGCCUGAUGGCAACAAACGUGCCUCUUCGAUCCAGUCUUUGGUGGAACGACACGGAAAAAGUUUUGUUUUUGCACUAAGGAGUGUGUACAUGGCCACUGCCACAUGGGGAACCUCUAGUUACCGGGGAAUUUCAGUGAGCCUGGAAAAGUCUGGGAACUUGGCUGAAAUGGGGCCAAAGUCGACACAACCUGGGUGGUAGCUUUUGACAUGCUCUCUGUGGUUGGAAAGGUGCCUUAUGCCCAACUUUUACAGCAAAGAGUUGGUUUUUGUCGCAAACCUUGUCAGUUUUGUGAACAGUGUUACGAAAUUUAGACCAGUCUUGUAAAGGUGCGCUAAGAGGUUUCUUACUUCAAGCCCCAAAGACUGUAAACAUUCACAAAGCCACAAUUUUAAAAAAUAACUGGCACCACCCGGUGGAAAAUGGGGUUCGGGGAUUCCCAGGACGAAACGAUGCAUGUGUUAGGAAGGAGAGGUUAUUAGAAUGAAGGGAGGCAAAAAGCUAAGCUACAAUAGGCACAAAAGGGGCUUUGGAGGCACCCAAUCUAAGUUACUGCAGCUCAGUGGAGCCAGCAGGGAGUACUCGUGGUUCCUUGAGCAUGUGCUCACAUAAUUUCUUACCAUAACCUCCUGAAGUGGUGAUUUUCUAAAAUGGUCCUUUGUUGGCAUAAGUGCCCUGCUUCGUUUGAGAGGCUGUGUUGAAAGUGAAACUUCAGUGGGAAGCAGUGCAGUGAAAGAAGCAAGAAGGAAAGUUAAUGCUGCGAAGUGUUUGUUCUAUGCCAAGAUCCCUUCAGCCAAUUGCAGCAGGCGUAUAUCCUAGGAAGCAUGAGCAAGCAACAUCCGUGUGACCUUGGAGAUGUGCAAGGAGUACAGCGUGUUUCUAUGAAUACUUUCAAAAAUCCCUACAAAUAAGGUGGUUGACAAAAAGAAACAACCCUUUUCGGGAACAAACUAACAGCCACAAUGGAUGCCAGGGAUUGCAAGAAAAAACAAAUCACAAAUUUGCAUAAAAAUUACUUAAAAUUUACUAAUUGACUAAUCCAAUUGGUGAAAAUAAUCAUGGUUCUAAUUAAAAACUUGUUGAGCACCAUCGAAAACCCCUAAAUCAGUCAAUUUUCAGAGUUGAAGCAUGUGGAAAGUGCAGCUGUGCGCCGAGCCUACCACUUCUGCAGCAGGCAGAUGGCUGGCGAUGCGAAAAUGUGAAUGAUCACAUUUUCACAUCACCAGCCGAAUGGUAACUUUGUGGACCCGUGCACGAGUGGUAACUUUGUGCACUCGUGCACGAGUGGUAACUUUGUUUACCCGUGUGCUUUCCACAUGAUUCUCCUCUUCCUAAAAUUGACUGAUUAGGGAGUCUUUGAUGAUGCUCAGAAAUUUUAUAAUGGGAACGAUAUGUUUAUUUUCACCAAUUAAAAAUUUAAGUGGUAAAUUAUAGGUAGUCAUUUUGCUAAAUAGCGUGUUUUUUGCAUUCUCUAAUGUUCGCUGUGGCUGACAGUUCGUUCCCGAAAACUGUUUCUUUUUUUCUGAAACACUCUAUUUGUAGGGAUUUGUGAAAGUAUUCGCAGAAGCAUCUGGUAUAUGAUGGCUUCUUUUCUUGAUUCUGAUCUCAUUUCUUGCUAGGCAUCAGUUGGGCGCUUUUAGCACUACAAAGGUUUUAAAGGUGCUUUGUGACACCAUACAAACAUUUUUUUAUGAGAUCCCUAACAUUUCUUUUACUUAUUCAGCUUUUUAAAGCCAACUCUCCCCUUAAAUCUACCACAAUUUGGUUCCCGACAAAUGAUGCAAAUGUUGAUAGAUGCAUUACACAUUUUAUUUCGUCCUACAAGCAGUGUUACAUGGUUGACAACAGCAUAUCAUUGUCAUUGCCCGACUUGCUUAGGGAUCAACAGUUGUGCACGACAGCUUGGCUUAACAUGAUUAGUCAAGGAAUGGCUGAAAUUAUCUGGGAAAAUAUUGAAAAUUAUGAUGAUUUAAAUUUUAACAGUGCCAGGCAUCCAACAAAAUACUAGUCACUACACUGGGAAUUUCAACUCCUUGUGUUUAGUUUCACCUUACAAUGUACCGCAACAGACUAUGCAUCAUGUUAGCCAGUGCAGCAUGCGUUGCUUUGCCCGACCAAAAGGUGACGUGACAUGUUCUGAGCAAUGAAUUUUUUAUGAUGACUCAUUGCAUACAUUGCGGCACAUUGCAAGGUAAAUUAUGAAAGUACCAUUUGUUACUUGCAGUGACAGGCAGGCUGCUUCAGGUACCUCAUUACUAUUUGCUCUGCUUCUUUGUCUUUGGAGGUCAUAAGGCAGGAUUUUUUUCUAAGUCAAACUGUUGCUGAAACUCCUCUUCCUUUUUAGUUCUUGCGAUUGAUGAAACUAGUUCUCCGGGCCUUACAAACUCUUCAAACUUGAAUAUAUGUAUGUACCUGGAUAACCGUUGAACGCCAAUGAUGAUUGCAAAAUAGGAUGUUUAAAGCUUGACAACGUUUGUUGAGGGCCUUAAAGUUGUCAUUCUCAUUUUUGCUUGCUUUAUUCUUUGUCUAAUAGACUACAUUUUAAACUUUCCCUUCAGUUUAAAACUAUUCGAAACUCAACACCACCUUUUAUAAACCUCUUGCACCUGACGUCACUUCCGGUUAGACUUGAUAUCGAAACCAACAUUGUCGUCUGCUAUUUGUGCCUUGGCACCAUGUUGGAGGCAUUCAGCGUCUUAUUGAGGCAGCAGUAGUGCCGUAGAGUCAUAGAGCCGUCUUUAUAUAACCACAUUUCAGAAUAUUUUCUUGUCAUAGUCAAUCGCAAAGAGGUUCCUCACCCGACACGAAGUGCAGUCUACAAACCCUUAGUUGGGGUAUGAAUCUUUUCUUCGAGAUCAGAGAGUUAGUAUAAUAAUCUAGAGUGAAAGGUUCCAUGCAUUUGGUCGCUUCAAAAGGGCGGGCCAUAGACACGGAUAUCAGCGGUCCCGGUUGCCGGUCCCAACCAGCCCAUAUCGCUGGCGACUCCUUAAUAUGCUUAUAGAAGCAUCAAAGCAUCACUUGUAAGGUCUGUAUCUUGUUAUUUUUUCUUACUUUGCAGACAAACACCGAAAUCACGUAUUGACAAAAAUGAAACAAAAUUGACAAAAUAAAACAAAAUUGACAAGUGCUCGAGCAACUUCAACUUGUCGCUGCAAAACAAACAGGGCUAACCCAUCGUCUGCUUUCUUUCUUUGCUCCUUUGUCGCUUUCUCAUUCUUCCUCUUGGGACCGGAAAUAUUAGCUCCCAGGAUUCGCCAUGUUCUGCUCCCAUCUUUACCUGCCUGUUCAAGAUUGUGCUGGCAUAUCCGCCGGAGCCAUUCGUGACGCUGGCAAACCAAUUGCUCAAGCAUCGCCUUGUCCUGGUUCCCAAUGAUUGCCGUAAUUCUAGAAAAAACAAUACUGCUGGCCAUAGCUCCAUUUUGUCGCCGACUUUUACAGCUGGAACAAUUAUUUACGGUGCAAUUGACCAUUUUAAAACUCGAGUAGCGGACAAACUACAGUGCAGACACGGCCCCAAAGCACACGGAACAUAGCAUAACAGUGACUGAUGCCUCCAACAUGGAUUCUGACAGGUUUCGGGGAAAUUUACGUACUGGUGGUAGCGUUGCAUCAUGGUCUCACGCAGGAACCCUAUCAGUGUGGCACAACGAAAGCAUUAUUGCCCUUGUGUCUUUUUUGGUCGCUUCUAGUUCUUGUUCACCAAAGGUUGUAAUUGUACAAAUAAAAUUAAAGUGCCUUUUUGUAAACUA